AUGGCUCUUAUAACCUUCUUGGUUCUAGCUAUCCUCGGAGUAAUGACGUCAUGUGUCAAUGGCUAUGGUGGUGGUUGGGUAAACGCACACGCCACAUUCUACGGUGGUGGUGAUGCUUCCGGCACAAUGGGAGGUGCUUGUGGCUAUGGAAACCUUUAUAGCCAAGGGUAUGGAACCAACACGGCGGCUCUAAGCACGGCUUUGUUCAACAACGGUCUGAGUUGUGGUGCUUGCUUCGAGAUAAGAUGUCAAAACGACGGAAAAUGGUGUCUCCCUGGCUCGAUUGUCGUCACAGCGACUAACUUUUGCCCGCCAAACAACGCUUUACCGAAUAAUGCAGGAGGUUGGUGUAACCCUCCUCAGCAACAUUUCGAUCUCUCUCAGCCCGUAUUUCAGCGUAUCGCUCAAUACAGAGCUGGCAUUGUCCCCGUCGCUUACCGAAGGGUGCCUUGUGUUAGAAGGGGAGGAAUAAGGUUUACGAUAAACGGACAUUCUUACUUCAAUCUUGUUCUGAUUACCAACGUCGGAGGAGCCGGAGAUGUUCACUCGGCGGCGGUUAAAGGAUCAAGAACAGGAUGGCAAGCGAUGUCGAGGAACUGGGGACAAAACUGGCAGAGUAACUCUUACCUAAACGGUCAGGCUCUCUCAUUCAAAGUCACAACCAGCGACGGUCGAACCAUUGUCUCUAACAACGCCGCACCGGCAGGCUGGUCCUUCGGUCAGACCUUCACUGGAGCGCAGUUACGUUAG